AUGACAGAUAUUCAACAUGAAAUUCAAACAUCAGAAGGAACGAAUGUACAAGUAGAGCAAGCUCGAAAGAAACUCUACGAUUGGCUUAAUAAACCUAUGCGUGUGUCAAUAGUUGAUGGACGUGUUCUUGUUGGAGUCUUACUUUGUACUGAUCGUGAUCAAAAUCUUAUCUUAGGUAAUUGUAAUGAAUACAUUGGUUCACCAAGUGAACAAGAAGAGUUUCGUGUACUUGGUCUUGCACUCAUACCUGGUCAACAUAUUAAAUCAAUUUAUAUUGAUGAAAACACCUCAUCAAUACCUAAUCAUUCAAAUAUAUCAAUUACGAAAAUCAAUGAUCAUAUGUUAGAUGAUGAUAAAAGUGAUUGUUAA